AUGAAUCAAUGCAUGCAGGAUCAAUAUGAUGCAUACCUGCAAUUGAACUAUGCCUUAAAGCACAUUUGGGCACAAGUCGUGAUUUUCUUUGAACUUGCAAAACACUUCACCAAAAUAGAUGCUCUCGCUAGUCUGACUGCUGACGACACUCUUGACACUACCAACAUGCUUCUCCGUCAAAGAAUUGUCUUUUUGGGUUCUCAGGUGGAUGAUGUGACUGCAGAUUUUGUAAUCAGUCAGCUUUUGUUUUUGGAUGCUGAUGACCCUAAGAAAGACAUCAAGUUGUUUAUAAAUUCACCUGGUGGUUCUGUUACUGCUGGAAUGGGAAUUUAUGAUGCCAUGAAGUUAUGCAACGCAGACGUGUCAACAAUUUGCUUUGGACUUGCAGCAUCCAUGGGUGCAUUUCUCCUUGCUGCAGGAACAAAAGGGAAGAGAUAUUGUAUGCCGAAUUCUAAAGUUAUGAUCCAUCAACCGCUCGGGUCUGUUGGCGGAGUAGGUACAAAAGUGUGCAUCCGUGUGAGAGAAUUGAUAUACCGCAAGAUUAAGAUAAACAAGAUACUAUCAAGAAUUACGGGAAGACCUGAAGAGCAGAUUGAAUUGGACAUGGAUCGUGACAGUUUUAUGAAUCCUUGGGAAGCGAAGGAAUACGGUUUGAUUAAUGAGGUUAUUGAUGACGGAAAACCAGGAUUAGUUGCUCCAAUUGUAGAUGCAACACCACCUCCAAAAACUCAGAUUAAAGAUAUAUGGGAAAUUAAAGGAAACACAAAAGGUAAUCUGCAACUUUCAAGAAGAGGAUAA